AUGCCAGACGAUCGCGAGAUUCGAAAUGCACUGGAGGAGUGCAAGGCAGCUGCCCGUAAACAAAGUAGCGACUCUCACAGCGAGUGGAGAGGAAUGAUGACCACGGGUACUGACAAAAUGAAGGCUUCCGCGCGGAGGUUCUACAAAAGGGCGCGGCGACAAAUGCGUGAGGCAAUGGCAGGCAUGGCCGAGCCAAUGUUGUUUCUGGCCAUUGUGCUGCUUGCACCUUUGAUCGCCGGUGCGGUGAAUUUCCUUCUGAGGAAUCCAGCAGAUACGGCCAUUGUGCAACUUGUGCAAGAUGUUGUGAUCCCUGUUUGGGCGAAGGCGCAAGGGGGGAGUGGGGCCAUGGGCCGCGGGAAGCCUCGCAGGGAAAAGCCUGAGGCUCCUGUCGGCGGGCCGGAGCUUGCAGAUUCCGAUGUCGAGGAAGCGGACAUCGAGGCAUUGGCGAGAUCCAAGCUCAGAGCCGGGGAGUUCAUCCUCGGCGAAGAGCCGAAGCCGACGCAGGAUGAAUCCGCAGAGGUGCAGGACACCGCAAAGCGAGGUGUUUGCCUAGCACCGCUGCUUUUGCAGCGGUUGAGCGAAAUAGAGUACAAGGUGCCGGAGGGUGCGAAGCGCGUCCCUUGGAUCGACACCAUGGCCAUAGAUGGACAGAACAACCUGCCAAAAGGGGUCACUGCCAAAGAUGGCGUGAAGCUGGAAAGCGCCUUCCUAGGCAUGGCUGCGGAAGCAGCUGCUGAGGGCUACCGCAGGUUGCGGGUCAUGAAGAUCCCCUGUACGAGACCGAAUGACUUCUAUGCCGAGAUGAUGCGGCCUGACAAGCAAAUGUACCGAGUUCGCCAACAGGCAGCAGAGGAGGAGCGACGAAUCAAGAUUGUCGAAGACAGAAAGAAGCAGCAAGCGAGCAAGAAGUUUGCCAAGAAGGCAAAGGCCAAGAAAUUGGAAGCCAGGGCGCAGGAGAAAAGGACGUCCCUGGAAGAGAUUGCAAACUGGCGGUCGCGGAAGAAGAGCGAAGGAAACAACAAAGACGAUCAGGACUUGGAAGAGAUUCUAAGUCGACAAGGGAAAAAGAGAGACCAAGAUGGGCAGGGCAAAGGCAAGGGAAAGGCCAUGAAGUCGGCCAAGCGCCGUAACCUCGAUGAAAAGUACGGUUUCGGUGGCAAGAAGAAGCGAAGCAAGCAGAACGACAAGAGCUCUACCCAUGACAUGUCCGCGUCUCCGUGGGGAAGAGGCAGGGGCAAGGGCGGCAAGGGCAGAGGAAAAGGCAAGGGCAAAGGCUCUGGCAAGAAGAGGAGAUGA